AUGGAUACCGAUAUUGAGUCAGCGGCCGUUGAAACCCUGGAUACCCCUUCAAACAACAAUAACAUGUCGUCCUCGUCGUCUUAUAACGGUCCGAUCGACACUGAGAAGCUAGGAAGAAGUAGACCCGCCAUCUUUGCUAACGGCUGUGUGGAGAUAGCGUUCUGCAUAUCCGUCCUCGGCUCAAUGAUGAUGGCAGAAUUCCUCAUCAGCGGAUUCAGCGUGUUACUCCCUCUACUUAUCGAAGACACAGGCAUCGACCCUAACCAGAGAACUUGGCCUAUCACCGUUUUCUCGCUCGUCACCGGCUCCUUGUUACUACCGUUCGGCCGGCUUGUUGAUAUGUUUGGCGGCUAUCCGGUGUAUCUCGGCGGAAUAUCGUGGCUUACUCUCUGGGCGGUAGUUGGUGGGUUUAGUCGUACUUUACCGAUGGUGCGAGCGACGCGGGCUCUCCAGGGGGUGGGAGCAGCUGCUUUCCUGCCAGCGGGCACGACGUUGUUGGGGACCACUUACCGUCCUGGUCCGCGGAAAAAUGCUAUAUUUAGCUUAUACGGAGGCUGCGCGCCGUUGAGGUUCUUCUCUGGAAUCAUCGUCGCCGGCCUCACCGGCGAGUUCCUUUACUGGGGUUGGUUCUUCUGGAUCGCGUCCAUGCUGCUGGCUUUCCUGUGCGUGAUGGCCUUUUUCUGCGUUCCUCACGAGUGGAAGCGCGGCGACUGGUCUCUGAUGGAUUGGUGGGGUUGCCUUGCCAGUAUUUGCAGCUUGAGUCUGCUCACAUACGCUAUAACUGAUGCCUCUCACGUUGAGGGCCAUUGGGCGUCGCCUCAGAUAAUCGUCACGUUCAUACUAGGGCUUAUAUCCCUCGCGGCUUUCAUCUAUGUGGAAGGUUGGGUUGUGAAAUCUCCUUUAAUGCCUUUCGACUUGUUCUCUAUCGAGUACAUAGGGCCACUCUUCAUCGCCCUCUUCAUGGCAUGCGGUUGCUUUGGCAUAUACCUCUUCUAUGCAAGCUUUUAUAUACAGACCGUUCUCCAAGUCCCGCCAUUGCUAGCCGCGCUUUGGUUUUCCCCCAUGGCUGCCGGCGGAAUCAUCAUCGCUCUCGUAGGUGGAUUCACGCUUCAUCGCUUACCAGGAACCAUACUCCUCCUUUUGGCCGGGGCGGGUUUCGUAAUAUGUCCUCUCUUAUUCGCUCUCAUCCCCGAAAACCCAAACUACUGGCGGUGGGUAUUCCCAGCAAUGGUGUGUACGACGAUAGGCAUUGACAUAAGCUUCAACGUGAGCGGUAUUUUCAUCACUACCAGCGUGCCCAAGCAUCAGCAGGGCCUGGCAGGGGCGUGCAUCAACGGCUUAUCGUUCCUAGGCAUCAGCUUCUUUCUCGGAUGGGCGGACUUCGCAGUCGUAAGCAGAUCGAACAACGAGGUAGGGGAAAGUUAUAAGGUGGCUUUCUGGUUCGCCGUCGGGUGCGGAGCUGGUGUUAUUUUGAUUGUCUUGGGAUUCAUUAGAAUUGGUAAAGCAAAGAGUGACUUGACAGCCGAUGAGAAGGCCCAGCAACGGCAAGCAGUCUACGAAAGUGAGCAGGUCAGGCCACUGACAGCGGAUGCAGAUUGA